AAUUUCACCAAACCCUAAAUAUCUUUGCGACGUCGUUUCCUUUUUGAGCCCAAAACGGCUCUAUUUUUCUAAAUCUCAACACUCUCUCCCUUAUCUACGGUGUCUCUUUCCUUUUACACUAGAAAAGUAGAUUUGAAUUCAUGGCGGACAUCAAGCUUUCAAAUGAGGUUAUUCUUGAGCAGCUGAAACAUGGGAUUGCUAAAUUCGAGUUGGUCUCUUCUCCUGUUCCUUCAAUUUCAACUCUGAACUCUCAAACAUGCUCAACUGCCACUUUCCUUGGAGACAAUAGCCACAGAUUCUUUGCUAGAAUUGCACCAUCACAGGGUAGAGGGUCACCGGCUAUGAAGAAAAUUGAGCGCUAUUCAGUUCAGAAAGUCACUGGAGAUGGCCGCUGUCUUUUUCGUGCCCUGGAAUCUGAGUUUCUUCUGGAAGAAACACUUGUUUCCAUCAUCCUUGUGGUCAAAGGAAUGGCUUUCAACAAGAGUAUUUCUCUAAACCCACGAGAAGAGAGAGAGAAUGCAGAUGAAUUACGAAUGGCUGUGAAGGAGGUUAUAUGUGAAAAUGAUAAUGAACGCCGCCAGCAUGAAGAAGCACUAAUUGCAAUUACUGUCGAUGAGUCCUUAAAACGAUACUGCCAACGAAUUGGACGACCUGAUUUCUGGGGAGGAGAGUCAGAGCUACUGGUGCUGUCAAAGUUGUGUAGGCAGCCAAUCAUUGUUUACAUACCAGAGCAUGAGCAUACAAAGGGUGGAUGGAGCUCUGGUUUUAUUCCCAUUGCAGAGUAUGGAGUUGAGUUCAGCAAGGCUUUAAGAAAAGAGAAAGCCAGGAAAGCUGUGAGGCUACUGUACAGUGGUAGGAACCAUUAUGAUCUGCUUGUCUGAGGAUUCAUUGUGCCUGAAAGGAAUAAGAGAACAAUACUGGAGAAGAAGAAAAAAAAAAACAAAAACUAGGGAAUGGGGAUGCCAUUUGAAAUUGUAUUCAAGGAAAAUGUACAACAUUUCACAGGAUAUAUAUUUAUAUAUUUUUAAAUAGUAAUGUUAGACAUAUAAAGGAUGUUGUAAGGUAUCAUCUGUUGCUUAAAGCAAAUGAAUGAAACCAUAUAUUUAUUUUUUUUGGUGA